AUUAAUUGGCAUUUCGCAAAAUUGUCUAUGUGAAACGAUUUUUAUUUUCAGAUCAUUAUAUUUUCUGAUCAAAAUUCUUCAUAUCAUUAUAUUUUCAGAAUACCGUUGUUUGAGUUGUAAAAUUAUCUGACCACAUGCCUGCGAAGGCGCGGGGAUGGGCAAGGCGGUAGAUUUCCCCAUACCCCCUUUGGCUAAGGUAUAAAACACUAAAACACUCUUAUCUUUCAAGAAGCUGAAUUUGAAUUGUACUUAACAUUUCUUAGGAAGCCAAAACGACAGGUGGUAUCAAAACUAAAAUGACGUCAUCAGGUUUCCCCUCGUCGCUAUCUGCUGCCGCGAUGAAGACGGCUAACAGUGCAGCGUUGGGCUCGUAAGACCAUAACUAGUACGAUUGUUUUAGGGGGCGGGGUUGUCGUUGAAAAUUUGCUACAACUGCGUGUUCAUGACCUUCGGCGGUGAAAGUCCAUUCGUCUUUAGCAAUCCCUAGAUUGUAGAUAUCUGUUAUUAAAGAAAGCUAAGAAAAUGUAUGAUGUGAAGCAGUGAUAAACUUUGAGAUUUCCUUGAAAGUUCCAUAGCUUUAGCCACUAACAACGGCGAGUAAAACCUAUUUUCUUGUUUACUUAUUCACAAGCUUCCUUUCAAAUCCAUUCAUUUAAUGGAAUGUUGAUUUCGGUUUGAUUCCAGCUUUCUUAAUAAAUGGAAUUCAUCUUGAGUGGCCUGAAGAGUUAUUCAAAUUCCUUAAUCGCCGUUAAUAAUUAAUAGGCCUGUUAGGGAAAACCGCCGUCCUGCACAUCUACGAACAUGAUGGAAUCGUGUUCAAAGCUUAGUUUUAGUUUUGAAUCAACAUAGGCCCGUUAUUGCUGUUUUUGUUGUUGUACGAAAUGGCACUUGGAAGUCGCGCAGUGAUUUAGGCCUAGUGGCAGAGUAAACAAUUUGUCAUUAUGGAAACAUCGUAUUCUGCUUGACAUGGGCAAUAUCAUAUGCUGCGUUACCUGUCGCAAUAUUCUACGAAAGAAGAAAAAGAAUGAAAAACUUAUGAUGGACGACUUCAUCGUGGAUGAUUUUGAUAGUUUACCAAUAAAACCGCGCGGCAAAAAAGCGUCACCCGUCAAAUCGCCCAUAAAAUUGCCGCCAACGGAAGUUCCCACUGACGAGGUUGGUGCCUCAGAUUCCCUUUUAAUCAAAGAAUCAAAUCAAUCAAAGAGUGAUUUUGAUUCGGAAAUCAGCUUCAAGAUCAAGGAUGAAGUUCCUGAUGAUGACGACGAUGAUUUUAUAGCUGACGGUCCGGUUAAACGUCGCGACCAAAAUUCAUCAAAUUACCAGCUACAUUUUGAUGAUCAAGUUGAGGAUAUUGGCGGGAUUGAGCCCCAAGUUACCGAAGCCACUGAUCUCGAUACAAAUACUUCAACAAAUGCUCCUGUACUUAACACAACGGUUGAUUUGUCCGUUGAUAAGACCGAACUAGACCCGGUUCCUGAUAACAACAAUUCCCUCCCAAAUGAGAAACCGGAUUCGAGUUUGAACAUCGGACCACAGGAAGACCCACCUUUGAAUGGUAGUGACGAACCGACCAGCACUAAAGUUCGGCAAAAAGGGGUAACUUUUGAUACUGAUUUUACUGUAAGGGAUUCAGAUAUCAGGAACGAUUCUAGCAGCAACCAAACACUGGAUUCAUUUGAUAAAACAGGGUUACUGGGUGAUGAUGAAUUCAAAGCUAUGAGCACGAGUGAAUUCAUAGACAAUUUGGAUUUUCUGGAACAGUUUGGAGAAAGUGACAAAGAUAAGAUGGCACGCCAGGCAGCCUUAGCAAGACAGUCACUGUACCAGCGAUUUGAUCCCCUUAUGAAAGAUGGAACACCUAUCAAGCAAGGCCGCUCAAAGUCCAAUGGUUUAUCGGCACUCAAAGAGCAAGCUGAUAAAAUACUGGGAAUGGAUUCAACAAUGGAGGGAGGUUAUGAGAUAUCGAAAUUGACGUUUGAUGAUACAGAACAAUCUAUGAUCCAAAAAUCACCUGAAAGAAUAGAGAAGCAACCAUUUGCUGUGGAAACUCCUGGGCUACCAGUGAAUCCAAGGAGAGUUACCAAUAUUGGUCUUGUUGAUCCCUUGCUGUACACAGAAAAAGAUAUGGUUGCAAGAGAGGCGACGUGGAGAAAAAAAGUGAACCAAACGGAGGCUCAGCUGAAAGAGGAAAUUGCAAUGCGCGAACUGAUAGAACAAGAUGCAAGGGAAAAGCAAGAAAGUUUACGCGCAGAGGUUGAUGCUAUGAGGAAGGUUGUGGAUGAAUACGAAAAAACUUUGAUUCAACUAUCUGAAACAACCCAAAAAGAUACCCUAUUGAAGCAAGACACGGUGUCAGAGCUGAUAAAAGAGAAAGAACAACUUCAGGCAGAUUUGAAUGCAGCUGAAAGCUCCAUGUUUGAUGCUUAUAAGCGAAUGGAGAAGAUGAAAAGUGUGAUUGACACCUACAGGCAAAAUGAAGCAUCGCUAAAAGAAACGUUUGAAGAUUACGAGAGAAAGCUGAAAGCAUCAGAAGAGAGGUACCAAAGCUUGAGAAAACAGGCAGAAUCAAAGAUGGAACAAGCGAAUUUCGAAAUCGACAAGGUGAGGAAAUCAAAAGAAGUGGAUUUAGCAGGCCUGCAAGCAGCGCUGAAGAAGUUACAAUCGAGAAACAACUACCUCGAGAAUUCAUUAGAGCAGAAGGUAAAAGAAAACGAAGAGCUCACUAAGAUAUGCGAUGAUUUGAUCAGCCAGAUCCAGCCAGACAGUUAAAGGCUUUACGAGGAAUUCAAUAAAUCACUUUGUUAUUGUAAUAGACAGCAUGAUCAGUAAGAAGCAAAGGCACCGGAUUGGACAUUCUGAAAUAUUCUGCAUCCUUCUCCCAAUGCAAUGCUAUUACUUCCCUUUGUUUGACCCCCCCCCCCAAACUCGAUGUCAUUCACCAUGAACUCGUUUAAGUAGGCGUAAUUAGAUCGGCCAGCAGUGCCAGUAUUAUAUUUGAAUAUACUAUCUCUUAGUCCUGGCCACUGCAGUUUACGUUGCUCUAAUAUAUCAAUUGCUCCAGUGCAUAAUAUAUAACUAAUGUCACGAUAGUUCCAGUGAAGGUAAGCUAACAGUUCAGAUAGUUUCCCAUACCAUUUUACCCAAUGUCGUUGACAACGUGUUGGAAUUUUCAACAGACCGUAGUCGGUUGCUAUCCAAGCCUCCUUCAUUUGUCAUCUUCAUUACCAUCGCAUCUAAAUAUCGAGUUUAUACUUUCUACUUCCUGUAGUGUUUAUUAACUGUCUUACAAAACAAUUCCUAGCAAGUUGUCGAUAUUACAGGCAAUCUACAGACACUGAAGGGGUUUAAGCCAUCUUUCAGUUAAGAAUUGACCAAUCAGUGAGUGUGAUUCCACUCAUAACCUUUUGAUUGGCUGAUAUUGAUUGACGGGUGGCUUAAGUCACUUUAUAUCUGUCGAUUGCCUUAAAGCGGAAAAAGAGAUAUGCAGUAAGGGUGCAUUUUAAGAACGGUAAAUCAAAUAGAAAAACAACUAUUCCCCUUUUGAAUCCACACUGCUGUUGCACUCCUACAAAAGAUGGACACAAUAAUUGCUUAAUAGAAAGGAUCAAUGCACAGGAAAAACAAGGUUUACACCCCAUUUUAACCGAUGAUGUAACAAGGGGCCUCGUAGCAUCAUCCAAAUUUUGAAUGUAAUUUUUAUCAAGUUUUGUAUUUAUGGGCUUCAAAAUUUUGUUAAGUUUGUUUUCAGGGUUUCCUGUUAAUUUUUGCCAGCUCGAAAAUCGUUAGCUUGAACAGUAAGUUUUGAAUUGACAGAGUAAGGCUAUGUUUGAAACCGUAGCAGCUUGUAAAAAUUCGAUCUUCUGCAAAGGGCUAGUAAAGCCAGUCUGCUCCACUGUAUUAAAUUGGUUCAAUGCCCUUUUAUCUCAAUGUAAAAUGAGUUGACCUAGACUGAAGUACUUUAUGUAAGCCUGUUUUCGUGUAUUUUGCAAUUUUGUACCAAUGUUGAUGCGGUUUUUUGAUGCGUACGUUCUUUAAUGAUACAAUUACAUUUUUGUGCAUCUGACCUGUUCCAUGUGCUCAUAGAAUAUUUUUUCAAAGUUAAGUGUCAUUGUUGGAAUGAGAAAGGUCUCCACAAAAUGUUGCCGAUUUUUUGAUGUAAACUCUGCCAUCACUAUCAUCACCUCUCCAACUAUACAGUCUGAAAAGAUUUUCGACGAACGGUUAGUAAAGCGUGAAACGUUGGAUUACAACCAAAAGUGAUAUACGUGGAUACGAAUCAAAAUGAAAAAUAGAUUAGGAUGCAUGCCGUGAAAAUCUAUAUGUCUUGUCGUGAUAAAAAGAAUCUGUCUGUUUUGUUUUGUAAUCUCAAAUUUUCGUUUUGAAAACUCAAAAUUUUUCUAAUGUAAUCUUAAAAAACUUUUUGAAAUCUCCAAAUUUGGUUUUGCAAUGUCAAAAUUGUUUUUUGUUAUCUAAAAUUUGCAGUUUUGUUGCCUUAUCCGUUAUGAUUUACGAUUACAGAAAUUGGGAGGACUUCUGCACUGUGUUAUAUGGUUAAGGACUUGUCUCUCCUUAACCGUGCGCUCUGUUAUUCAAUGUAUAAGGCUCAAGGGACGCUGUAGGUAUAGUUGCUCUCUCAAGAGAUUGCAGAUACAUAAACGUCAGAAUUCCCAACAGAAUUCUUAAUUUACGUCUUGCAGUGACUUGUUGGCCUAAAUUAUAAUUCGUUUCUUGCCACGUUGCAGAGGGCCUCGUUCAGUCCGGCAGCAAAACAAGCAGUGUAAAUAAAAAAGGCCUGCAUCUGUGGACGAUUGAAGAUACUUUUUGGAAUUCUCUGUUUUGAAAGACUACAAUGGUUGUGAUGACGUUCUAUUCUGAUCAUCUAACAAAGUAAAGCACACAAUCCCUUGGGAGAUGACAACAAAUUAAAUGAAAUUCUACAAUGAUCUCUGAGAUACAGAAUUGGACUGGGUGUGUUCUUCUCUUUGGAUCUUCCGUCUAGAGAGGUUCUGCAAAAUUUCUGCUGCAAAGUUUUGCCUGCAUCUCAUAAAAAGACACGAAAAUGCUGAAGCAAAAGAAGUAUGACUGGAAGGACUCUAACCUUGCCUUGUUUGGCUCAGAUACCGAAAAGAAGGUA